AAAAUCCUCUCCAAAUAUCGAUCGAACGCCAUCAGAAAUUCCUCGGAAACAAUGAUAAAGGCUUGUAGAUCUGAUUUACAAAUAGACCCCAUCCUCACUCUCCCCAUGACACGCAAGGAACGUAGGCGACUACUAAGGUGGCGAAUGAACUGGUUGCCUGGUGGCCGGCCUCAAUGCUAUUGUGGCGGUGUGAUGAGUCGAAACCAUAUAUUGAACUGUCCUGCAAUCCCAACACCCUAUUGGGAUCAAAUACAACGUGGAACUGUCAACGACGUCAACCCAAUCGACGCAAUACUUAAACUAUUGCCGUCUGAAAAACCAAAAACACCAACAAAAAAACAACAACAAAUACAAAAGUGGCAGCCUUAUGGUCUGACCUACUCAAUAUCCUCUUUAUUGUUGACCAAAUAUGUCACAAGUCGCAAGAACCCUUCCAAGACGAACCUAAUCCAGGAGAGUCAUUCUACAAGUGGCUUGCAGACUAACAUAAAAACAAAAAGUACAAAAAAAAACAAAAACAAAAAAAAAAAAAAAAGAAAAAUCAUAUAACAGGGAAAAAAUAUAUAAAAAGAAAAAACCAAAAAGAAUUUAAACCCCUCUUAAACAUCUUCACACUCCUUUACAACAGUCACUUAAUUCAUGCAGACAAUCAACAACUUUAAUCAACAUUUUCAAGACGAGUUCCCCAAAGCAUAGCAUUGUGUGUCCCCUCCUUGUAGCCAUGUUCAUUCAAAGCCGAACGUAUAGCUGAAAGCCCUGCUGUCUUUCCCCUAUACUUCCACCCUUUUUCCGCCCUUUUUUUACUGUCUAUUUCUCCUCACAUAAUUUUUCAUCUUUCAU